AGAGAUUAGGCAGGCCUGUGAAUCAGGAAGCAGACCGGUCCUGUGCUAAGAAACUGACCAGGUCAGCAUUCCAGGCCCUGUCGGCAAAGGACAGGAGGGCCAUCCUGCAGAAUUUUCGAGUCAAGGGCUCUUCGCUCCAAGUCUCUGUUGACUGUUUUGUUUUUCCUGCCAUCUGGCCCUGCCCAUUUCCGGUGCCGCUCUGCUCACCGUUUCCAGCCCGCUGCCCCUACCAACCCUUCAGGAUCUCAAAAGGGUGCCACAGGUUGUGGGGGCUGUGGGUGGUGAGCAUUGAUAGGGCCAGCCUUUGCAAAUCCUCGGGCAAGCGGGCUGCGCCUUUACCAGGAUGAGAACACGGAGGGAACCGUCGUCUCUCGCAGGGAAGGUCCUGAAAGGCCUUACCAAGCAAACCAGGGCCUGAGACUUCCUCCCGCAGCGGCACUCAGGACACUGAUGGGCUCGUGUCCUUGUCAUUGCUGGGGGUGGCAGAGACCAAAGCAAGCCAUCCGGCCUUAGAGGGUUUGGGGAUGUGUCCACAGGCACAAGCAGAUGGGUGGGUGUGGAGGGGUCUGGGCAUGCCUGAAAGAGUGUGACCCCAAGGGCCCGGAUCUGGAUGGACAGGCGUUCCCGACAGUCUCCCUGAUGCUGAUGCUCCCGUACUCUCCGUCCUCUAGGAUGGCAUCGGGCAAGGCACGCUGCACCCGGAAACUCCGGAACUGGGUGGUGGAGCAGGUGGAGAGUGAGAACUUCCCAGGGGUACGCUGGGAUGACGACGCCAAGACCAUGUUCCGGAUUCCCUGGAAGCACGCAGGCAAGCAGGACUUCCGGCAGGACCAGGAUGCUGGCUUCUUCAAGGUGAGGGGCCUGGAGAACGUCCCCUGAGUGAGGAUGGGAGCAUCCACUGGCCGCUCNACCUGGAAGACUCGCCUGCGCUGUGCCCUCAACAAGAGCCCAGAAUUUGAGGAGGUUCCCGAGAGAGGCCACAUGGAUGGCGCCGAGCCCUACAAGGUGUAUCGGCUGCUGCCACCUGGAACACUCGCUGCCCAGCCGGACACCCAGAAAUCACCAUCAAAGCGACACCACAGCUCCAUACCCUCAGCGGGGGAGGAGGAGGAAGAAGAGGAGGAGACCAUGAAGAAGCACAGGCUUGGGCCCUUCUGGGUCCAGGAGCCCCUAAGUCAGGAGAGGGGAGCCAGCAGGGAAGCAGACCACACAGAGAUGGGGAGAAGUAGCAGCAGCGAGAGCAGCAGCGAUAGCCCCACGCCUCAGGAAGGAGUGAACACAACCGAUGAGCCCUUUCAAGAGGACGAAGGGUCUCUGGACCUUGAGCUCCCACAAAACCCAGACUACUCACUGCUGCUAACCUUCAUCUACAAUGGACGUGUGGUGAGGGAGACCCAGGUGCACGCCCUGGACUGCCGCCUGGUGGCCGAGCCCUUGAGCUCCCAGAGCAACAUGGAGCAGGUGUUUUUCCCCAGGCCCGACCCACCAGAGCCCACCCAGCACCUGCUGAACCAGCUCGAGAAGGGCCUCAUGGUGGCCAGCAACCCCCAGGGGCUCUUUGUGCAGCGCCUCUGCCCUCUCCACAUCUCCUGGGAUUCGCCCGAGAACCCACCUGGUCCGGGCCCACACCUGCUGCCCAGCAACAAGUGUGUGAAGCUUUUCAAGACAGACUGCUUCCUCAAAGAUGUGGCCAAGUAUAAGCAAGGCCUGGGUCCCCCACCCAAGUAUCAGGUAACCCUGAAUUUCUGGGAGGAGAGUCCUGGCCCUAACCACACCUCACAAAAUCUGAUUACAGUACAGCUGGAGCAGGCCUUUGCCCGCCAUUUACUUCAGGAGACCAGAGAGGAGCAGACAGCCACCCUGGCCCUGGUGCCGAGCCUGGAGGAGGACACCCCCGACUCCUCUCCUCUUUUCCUCCUCUUUCCUCUGGAGAAAUCCAUUGCACACACUGAAGACCUGCCUUCCUCUGUUCAUUCUCAGAGAUUAUAUGUGACUGCUACUUCCUUGAACUCUCCAUUGUACACUGGGUGGUAGGAGACUGAAGCGGGAUUGGGCGGGAUGGACCUCCACGCCCAUCCUCAUACCCCCCUGCUUUUUAAAAUUUUAGUUGUGAGAUAGAGACCAUCUUUCAUCUCCGAGGAACUAGGGAAUCCCCCAUGGCGGGAGCUCACUCACAAAACCUGUCCCUUUUCCUCCCUCCCCUCACCCCAGCUCAAAGGACAAGCACUUUAUACCGGUGCUCCCCCAUCUUCAUUGUGCGUUUGAAAUAAGCUGUUUUUGUUUUUUUGAAAUAAACUGUUUUUGAAAA